AUGUUCGCGACCAGAAUCCUCCGCCAGGCCGCUGCCCACGCCGAGCGUACCCCGAGCAUCAAGUUCCUCGGCCGCCGCACCAUUCCCUCUUCCAUUGAUCACACCCCCGCUCCUCACCCCGCCUCGCCCACCGGCAAGCUGCCCGCGAAUUUCGGCAACGGCUCUGCUACCCCCAAGCACACCAACUUCAGCUCCUACCGCGACCACGCCCAGCAACACGGUCCCCUCCAGCGCUCCAUCAGCGCCGGCAUUGGCGGUACCUCCGGCCACAACAUGGGCCCCGUCGUCCCCCCCUCGGGAGUCUAUUUCGAUCGCUCGGAGCUGCCCGCCCGCUUCCGCCGCCAACCCCUUGACCUGGACGAGAUCGAGGCUGUCGAGUCUGGCGGUGCUGCCCACUUCGGCUGA